AUGUCGGAUGUCCGGGGUUCAAGUCCCGGCACAGCCGUUGGAUAUGCACUGCUGAUGAGCCCUAGUAAGAUAGAAAUUCGAGUCCAGCGCUUCCCUCUGGUGUGGACACACCGUUGCCUUGGGUGUGACCAAAAUCAGAUUUUCCCUGCCAGCCGCGUUUUCACGACCAUUUCUGGUAAAGGGAAGAAGGACUUUGCUGUGGAGCUGUUUGUUAGAGAAACACCAACUCAACAGGUACACUCUAUUGAACCAGGGAGCAAAACUCUCAUCUGGUUUACAAAACUGAAUUUCCAGCUUCGCCUUGAACGCAUCUUCCUGAAUUUUCCCAGAUAUUCAUUGACUGUUACUCAAAAGCGACUUUACAAAUUUCGUAAGAGAUCUCACGUUUUAAGACGAAGCGGAUUGACAAGACAGCAUACUACUCGCAUGCCUCAUCAGUAG